AUGGACACGACGAAGUCCAUGGAAUAUGAAAUUUAUGCUUUUAAAACACAUAUAGCGUCUAUCGUAAACGUAAUAAGAAGUUCUACAUUUACGAAUUAUAUAUUAAUACCCUUCGGCCACGAAGAUGUGGGUCCUGCUCUUAAAUUUCAAAAACCUGAAGAACUUGUGGACAUAAUGCAGUUUGUAGAAUCGAGUGGAGAGCAGACUUCCUGUCCGGAAAACUCUUUAGCUGCAAUUGAGAAAGCUCUCCAAGUGAGCAUGCCAAAAUCCUAUAUCUACGUCCUUACAGACGCAGAAGCAAAAACCAUUACCCAGCUGGAUAAUAUAAAACGGCUAUGUCAAAUCCAAAAGAGUAAGUUUGGACGAAUUAACUUCUUUCAGGUUAUAAUUUUUAAAAGUGGUGAAUGUCAAGAUGUGGAAGUAAAUCAAUUUGAACACGAUCGUAUUUAUAACGAAGUUGCUAGAAACUGUGGUGGCGCAGUUUUUAAUUUAGAAUUAAAAGAUUUUCGAGAUGUUUUUAAAUACAUUAAGGAAAUGACCAAAGUUGACUGGAGUGAUGUUGACACACAUCAAGAAUUUACGACAAACAAACAAUAUACUUUGACAAUAGAUACUUAUACCAAGGAUCUGAUCAUAGUUGUGUCUGGAAAACAUCCUACAAUACAAAUUAGUAACUAUUUUGGCGAUAGCCCGCGUAUCGAAAAAAUCGUCGAUAGUCAAACAAUGCUUGUGAUUCGAGUUCAAGUAACGGAACUAGGUGACUUUACCACCGAUGUCAGCUGCCACGGGACCGGAGCCGUAACAUUUUAUAGGAAAAAAGAAAUUAAAUUCCAAUACGGAUUUUCUCCUCUAGAACCAAAAAGUCUUCAAGAAACUACUUCGAGGCCAAUACCAGGUAUAAUGAACUAUGUAAUGAUAUCACUUCCGGUUGACUCAACUACGGAACUGAUGGCUGUUAAUGUACAAACUAGUGAUAAAUUUGAAAAAAUACCAGUGGAAUAUCAUACAAUUGAUAAAGGCAAAGGUCUUUAUGUUCUACAUAUAUAUAUUACGCCAGGACACAGUUUAAAAAUGACGGUAACGUGUCGAGAUACAACAAGUUAUCAAGAAAUAACGGGCACUACAGCGUCUAUUUACCCUCAACAAUUAACAGACGUUAUACCACGAAAGUCGAAACCUAAGAUAGAAAUAGUUGAAUCUGAAGCUUUAAUAGACUUUGGAACUAGUUACAAAGUAGCUUGCAAAGUAAAUGGUUAUCCAAAACCAAGUAUAUGGUGGGAAAAUGAUUUGGAAGAAAUAAUGCCAUCUCAGAAUGCUUUGUUAGAAAUACCCACUAAAUACAUAAGUUACGCAACUAUCGCAAACGCGACAAGAAAUGGAACAAUUACGUGUAAAAGUACAAAUGAAGAAGGGGAAGAUGCAGUGUCAAUGGAUUUGUAUGUCAACAGAACAUUUAUAUUCGAAGUCAUAAAGUAUCCGACUGAUAUGACCGUUGAAUAUGGGAAUGAAGGUAGGCUGUAUUGUGAAGUGAAUGCAUAUCCUGAUGCAGAAAUAAAAUGGUUCCAUAAUGAUACCGCGAUAGAAGAAUCAGAAAAUAUUGAAUUGGUACCACAUGAGUACAUGCUUUUGAUAAAAUAUAUGGGAAUAAAUGAUACUGGAGAAUAUCAAUGUGUCAUAACUAAUACUGUAGAAAAAAGCACGUAUGCGGCUAAGGUAUACAUAUCAGGAUUAGAAGCACCACAAGCCGAAGUACCGAAUCUGGAAGUUGUUUUAAAACCAGGGGAUUGGACUGAGCAGCGGUGCACAUCAGUAAAAGGAAUACCCAAACCCGAAGUUUCCUGGAAAUAUAAAUCUUACAAUGGAGACAUUGAAGAUUUUCCAGAAGGCGUAUUUGUAAACGGAUCAUCCUUAAAAAUAGCAUCCGCUGUCACGAAUCACGCUGGAAUAUAUCUAUGUGAAGCCAUUAACAUUCUGGGAACGGAUGUACAAGAAGUCACAGUAAAAGUACAAUAUGCACCGAAGAUUAAAAAUGAUGACGAGGUUAAAACUGUAAGAGAAGGCGAUUUCGUAGAACUUCCAUGCGACGUGGACGCUGUACCUAAAGCUAAUGUACUUUGGGACAUGUAUCAAGAUGAUGUUAUAAUAGCUUUAGAUGAGCACCAUAAAAUUGAUGACAGGAAUACUCAUCGAUUCUAUGCUCGCUAUAACGACUCUGGAAUGUAUCAUUGUAUUGCUCAAAACGAUAUGGGUCGCGCUAUACGGACUGUUACUUUAAAUGUUCUAGUACCUCCAUAUAUUGAACCAUUACCGUGGGAAAAUCUAACAGUUCGAAGGAAUACAACUGUAGUGUUGACAUGUAAUGUUAGUUAUGGAAAUCCCGUCCCUUCGACGAAAUGGCAGUAUAUAGCCAGUAAUUUUGAUACCACUGUGCUGUUAAGAAGACAAUCUGUGGGCAAAUUGGAUUUAGUUUUACGAAAUAUAACCAAGCGACAAGAAGGUAUAUACCAAUGUGUAGCGGAAAAUGAAGUUGGACCUGACACUGUAAAAGUUUAUGUUAAAGUACUAUAAUUAUACACACAUACAGUAUAUUUAUUAAUAUAAAUAUACUGUACUAAUA